AAUCCACGUCGCCAUUUUAAUUGUGACCUUGGCCUUAGCGAUGUGGGACAGCAAAAAAAUAGUUAAUUUCAAAUUUGACGUCGUGCCCCUUGACCUGCAAGAUGACCCGACCUUCCUGCGCUCUCUGGCCUGGAAGUAUCGAGACGAGGACGGGACGGUGGUGGGCAAAGACACAGACGUCACCACCAUCGGGGAACGAUCGCAAGUCGCCGACUCCCUGGUGCUGAUGUACCUGACAGGAGACUCCACAGUCUUCACCAAGGAGCGCCUUCUGGCGAUGAAGCAGCUGGAGGAUAGACUCCUCCGAGUGGAGGAGUACAAGAAAUUUUGCCGACUGACAGGUGGCAGCGGGACGAGAGAGUGCGCCAAGCCCAUUUCCAUUCUUCGAUUCUUCGACGGAACUUACGGUCCAGGGUUGAACGACACCACGUUCAGCAACAUACCAGCGACACUGUUUGGGGCAUCCCAGGUACCCCUGCUAGCUCAGUUACUACAGCUCCACCUGGGAGUCGACGGAAGUGUCACCCAGACCGAGGCCAAAUCCUCUAUCACACGCACCAUCUUUCAGUUUGGGCUUCCGCUGGACGGCUACAACCUCAAAGAAGACAACAAGACGGAGCAGCUUCUGAAAAUACGUCGGUUUCAAGCGGAUUUCUUUUCGGGUAUUCUGAACGAAGCGCUGGACUCCGGAGUCGGGGACAUGGACUUUCUGUACUUCGGCACCCAGAUUGUCACCUACAAUUUAUUGCAGCAGGUGAUCUGGGACCUGCUGCUGGCUGUUGGUUCUCUCCUCUUCAUUUUCCUCUUCGUCCUUUUCAUGACCAAAUCGCUCUUCCUAACGAGCUUUGGUAUCUUCAGCAUUAUCUCCAGCUUCGUCAUCGCCACGCUCGUCUACAGCUUUAUCUUCCAGUACAAGUACUUCGGGAUCUUCCACGUCCUCUCAAUCUUCAUCAUCCUCGGCAUCGGCGCUGACAACAUCUUCGUCUUCGUGGAUAACUGGCGCGCGACCGCCCACCUGGAGUACACCUCGCUGGAGGCUCGACUGUCAGCCUGCUACAAACGGGCGGCCAUCGCCACCUUCUGCACCUCCCUCACCACCAUGGUGGCCUUCUUCAGCAAUGCGCUGUCUCCUCUGCUCGCCGUGCAGUCCUUCGGCCUCUUCUCUGGCAUCCUGGUCUUCGUCAACUACAUGUCCGUCAUCAUCUUCUUCCCAGCCGUCCUGAUCAUGUACCACUACUACUGGGACACGUGGUCCUGGCCCUGUUUCAGGUGUAAAAAACCGAUCAAGGACGCAGCAUCUGCUGAUGGUGAACGUCGCCAUCCUAUCGUCAGGUUCUUCCGCGGACCUUUUUACAACCUUGUCAGCCACAGAGUGCUGCGCUGGGUACUACUUGCUCUGUGUCUUGGAAUUAUCAUUGUUUUUUCCGUUUUCGCUGCCAAACUGAAACCUGACGAAGAAUCGAUAAAGUAUUACAAAAAUGAACAUCACUUUGGCAAGGCUGCUUUGCUGAUACGCGAUGGCUUCAAGCCCAGCACAGAGGACAAGGUGAUCAAAGUUUACAUGGUGUGGGGUCUCAGGGAGCAGGACCUGUCCACCUGCGCCAAGACUGACAUCAACUGUAAAGGGGUCACAGUGUGGGACAAGGGCUUCGACCUCAACCCCAAACGCGCUCAGUCCGCCUUGCUGGAUUUCUGCGAGAAACUGAAGAAUCUGUCGGCCACUCAGAACGAAAAGCUUCACCUGCGUCGGAACCCGGUCACCGGCAGCAUCGAAGUUCAGUGCUUUCUAGAGCACAUAAAUACCUUCAUGAAGAGCGAAAGAAAUAAGACGCAGUACCCGGCUAACACACCCGAGUUGACUCUGCCAACGUCAGAAAGUAAAGUGGAGCAUCUGAUCCUCAACAACUCGGCUGUGUACAACGUGACGUCAGUCAACCCUCUCCUGUACCGCCAGUUCGAGACGAUGAUGGGAUACUGGCUGCACGACACCUACCGUCGCGGUCCGACCAACUACGACUACAGCAUCUACUCCCCCUUGCUGGGUGAGGGGAAGGAUGAAUUCGACACCCGACCUACCGCCAUAGAUCCAACCACGGACUGGGGUACCCGUCUAGUGUACGCCGCCAUCGUCGUCAACACCACCCUGAAGGUGGGCACCCUCGGCUACAGCACCGGCAUCCCCAUUGUCGAGGCCUGGGAUGACUUCUUCAAGAACCAGGUAUCUGUGAUGCCAAGCUCGUUAGCUGGAGGGUUUCAGUGCACACCGGAAUCCGGCAACCCGUGGCACGGUUUCUAUGUACAAAAGAAACUCACAGACACGGCAGUGCAAGGAAUUGCUCUUGGGCUUUCUCUGGCGUUUGUUGUCAUCACCCUGGCAACCACCAAUGUAAUCACUGGUUUCCUAGCAACCUUGGACAUCGGAUUUGUUACCCUAAUGGUCGUGGGUCUUAUUCCUAUGGCUGGUUGGAAACUAGGGGUACUGGAAUCCCUGAACCUCUCCCUCGUGGUCGGCCUGUCUGUGGACUACGUCGUGCACCUGGCGGAAGGAUACCACUCAUCCACUGCGACGAACCGCCUGGACCGGACACGUGACAUGCUGGAUCACGUGGGCAUCUCCAUCUUGUCGGGGGCCAUCACGACGCUGGGCGCCGCCGUCUUCAUGUGCGGCGCUGUCAUUCUUUUCUUCAUGCAGUUCGGAAUUUUCAUGUUCGCCACCAUCGGCUUCUCGCUCUUCUUCGCUCUGCUCGGCUUCAGCGUCAUCAUGGCGCUGGUGGGUCCGCAGAAACAGACGGGCUCCCUCGUCCCCGUCUUCUGGUGGGUGCGCUACAAACUGCGGGGCCGGAAGUCUCACCACGUGACAUGCAAACAAUGCGAGGGUAAAGGUUUCCACGGGGGGCUGGGGGAAGACUCCUCACAGACUAGCGGGGCAGUAGCCGCAGGUUCCAACGUUCCCAAGCAACUGUGAUGAUCCUGUCCACGUUACUAUUUAUGACUUCAAUGAUAAAUGUUACUCAUUAUCAUUUUGUGACUCUAUCGAGGCUUUGUCGAUGAAAGGAAAGACUUUUUUUUUUAAAGAUCCGUCCUUUGUUGAGAGAAAUGCGACCAGC